AUGGAGGAACAAUCUGUUACAACCGCAAAGGCUACCUUGACGGAGCCCCAGGGCGGCUCUUCACAGCAGAAUGACGGAGGGAAAGACGACUCGAAUCGUAAAAAGACGAGCACAAGAAAGCGAACCAAGACUGGUUGUCUCACCUGUCGUAGAAGACGAAUCAAAUGCGACGAAGGCAGACCAAUUUGCCACAACUGUAUCAAAUCGAGGCGUGACUGUGAAGGAUAUAGCCAAAGAGUCAUAUUUAAGGAACCCCUUGGCUCGUUUUCGUCUCCUUUCAACCAAGCAAUCUUCUCUGGUCCCUCAAACAUUGUUGAUGAAUCUUUGCCUGCACACCGGCAGUCUUCAAGAGGACUGUUUCCAGCUAUCGCGCCGAGGCCACCAAACUUUGACCAACAUCAGCAUGGCUUACCAUUUCAACCUACCUCCGCUCCAUAUCAGCAGCAAUUCCAUCGAGGUCCAGUGUUACAAGAUCCUGCGGCUUACAGUAUGGGUUCUGGACAGUUUCUACAAUCUCCCUACAAUCCACAGUUCCCUAAUCCCCUACUUGCAACAGAGGCCAUCGGAGGACCUGGUUACUUUACUCGGCCUCCUCCCGAAGCUCAGUUUUUCUCUCUCCAAGAUGGCAACUCUGCUGGAGAUAUGCUUGACAAUUUCGGCAAUCUGGGUGGCAACCAUCCCCUCAAUGUUCAUACAGGGACAACCGUGACGCAACCCUUAAAUAACCAUUGGGAGUUCGAUAUGUUGGAUGAUGAAGCUUCUUUGCCUGAUUCUGACGAUGAUUUGCCAGACGUGCGAGGCAACUUACCGCCGAUAAAAAACUUGGUGCCUGAGCGUUGGACUGUAAGUCCCGUGGAUAUCAGCGUCUUUUCGGCCUUCGCCCAAAGCGACGAUGUUCAAGCGCACAUGGAGACCCCUUACUCUUCUGAAUUCUGGGCUAGUGGCCUGAACACGAUCUUCAUGCAUUUCAUCAAUGUAACUGGGCCCGGGAUCUCAAUCUUCGAAGGAGACAUUUCUUCUGCUCUAGAUAGAUCCAGAAUGAAAGCAACAGCUGGAUCUGGAAAGAGCCUAUGGAGCUAUGCAAUUCCCUCGCUGGCGCUUCAACAUCUCGGCCUAUUUCAUGCGAUGCUCGCACUGGCAAGCCUCCAACUCGCAAAGCUUCGAGACAGCCCUCCCACAGCAGCCUUGAGACAUUACCACCGUGCCAUACGCCGCAUAGCGAAAAGCGUCAAGUCGCCUUCCAAGAGGACACAGCCGGCAACUCUUGCUGCCACUCUCUUGCUCAGCUACUUCGAGGUCUGGUCGUCUGAUCACACCAAGUGGUGCAAUCACUUGUUUGGCGCUAGGAUUCUAUUUCGCGAGAUGUCUUUAGGAGAGAUGACUCGAACUUGUUUCCCCGCGAAGCGCAUGAGACAGCGCGAGGAUGCUCGAGGGUAUCAACUAGGACACAUAGGCUCCUAUAUAUAUGGCCCCCAUUGCCACCCAGCGUCAUCACAGAGCGCUCAACAGUCUCUCGACUAUGACUUUUUGAAUGUCAUCACAGGACUUACCUUGUCUCCAGAAGCCUAUGGUGACGUAGAGGGGCAGCUUCCGGACGUGAAAUACUCUUCGGUAACCGACAAGGAAAUUGAAAAAUACGAUAUUAUUUGCGAUCUAUUCUGGUGGUAUUGCAAAAUGGAUGUCUAUCAGAGCAUUUUGGGAGGAACCAAGUUAUUCAUGGAAUAUGACAAUUGGACACAGAUUCCUCCGAGGGCACCCUUUUCAACAUAUUCAUCCGCAUAUGGCACCUAUGACCAUUUGGUUUUGUUGCUUGGCCGCCUUUCAGAUUUUGUGUCGAAAGAUUUAUCCCGGAAACAGAAGGCCAUAGAAGCAAAGGGGGAGAAUGCUGGAACUGGAUCCCCGCCAAUGUUUCCAGGCAUGUUCCCGACGUUUGGGAAAGUGCAGGCCCCCAUGGGAUUUAGUCCUCCACGGGAUGGCACGCCGCACAGUGAUUCUCAGGAUGAACUUGACCCGGAAGCCACUUACGAAGCUGCACUGCAAGAAUGGAAUGCCAUUUACAGUUCCUUUGAGGUAUUUAAGAGCCGCCUUGGGCCCGAAUUCCAACCCCUCGGUGAUGAACCUGACGGUCCAAGAAGGACAAAAACGCCUUUUGGGGACCCGAUAUAUUUUCGAACAUACUCUAUCGCUGGCAUCUGGAUGAACUAUUAUAUGGGGUUCAUUCACCUUUACCGAAGCCACCCCUCGAUGCCGCCAGUUGCAAUGAGGGCAGCGGGGCUGAUGGCUAAGAAGACAGCGGGCUUUGCUCUCAAGAUCGGACAGAUUGCUUCUGGGCUUGCUGCCGACUGCUCAGAGUACGCGGUGAUCAAUACAUAUCUCGGCGCUGCCCUCAUUGAGAGUUCUUUCUGCGUCUUUGUAGCAGGUGUACAGUACAAUGAAACCAGGCAGAGAGAAUGGGUCAUCCAGAGAAUGCAUGAUAUUGCCCGCCUAACUGGAUGGCAGUCUGCCAUGCAGAUUGCCUGUGGCUGUGAAUCGGCAUGGAUAAAAUCUAGCACGAUGGGAGGGCCGGAAUAUACACGACCAACAAUCAUCAACAAUGUCCCGUCUACAAUAUGGAAGAAUCCUCGCCGCAUUGAUAAGAAAAUCGACGAAUCUGAAUCGGGCGAAGAACGGCGGUUAGUACUGGCCAAGGCUGAAAGAACACAUUACGCAAUCGGGAUACUAGCAAUCGAAACAGAACUCGCGAGACUCGAACUUCGAGACGAUUUAAACUAA